AUGAGGCCACCUCUGAGUCCGGACCUCGGUUUAAAUCUCAGAGAAGGAGACAUCAUGAUGGUGAGUUCUCAAAAGAGCGCCAUUCUUGGGAACCGGUGGGAUAUUUCCGUCCCCUAUGAGCUGAGUGUGAAUCUCAGUGUGAACUAUAAAGGAGUCAUUUGGAGAGCCUUUGAGCAGUUCAGACUGAAAUCAUGUAUUGACUUUAAGCCCAGAGCAGCAGAAGACAUUUCAUAUGUCUCUCUGGAGAGUCAUAACGGGUGUUGGUCAUAUGUCGGUCGUACAUUUGCUGGCGCUCAGGCUCUUUCCAUUGGAGAUGGUUGUGGAACAAAAGCCAUUGUUGAGCAUGAGUUUCUCCAUGCACUGGGAUUUUGGCAUGAGCAGUCAAGAUAUGAUAGAGAUGAUUAUGUGACCAUUAACUUUGAAAACAUCAUUACAGGUCAGGAGCACAAUUUCAAUAAAUACAGUGAGAACCAGACCACCACCCAAGACACCCAGUAUGACUACUACUCUGUGAUGCAUUAUGAUAAAAAUGCCUUCAGCAAUGGUAAUGGAUCCACAAUCAUUACCAAGCGUCCUGAGUUCCAAGAUGUGAUUGGUCAACGCCUGGACUUGAGUGAAUAUGAUGUGAUUGAACUCAACAAACUCUAUAAAUGCAAUUCGUCCAUCUCUUUCCUUGAUCACUGUAGUUUUGAUGAUGAAUCUCUGUGUCAGAUGAGUGUCUGUUCUGCUGGUGAUUAUGGCUGGCAGAGAAUGAAGUCAGUGAGUGGCAUCAAUGUGACUGACCACACAUACUUGGGCAAAGAACAAAAUGGGACGUCUUUCUUCAUGCACUUCAGCACUGAGGGCAGAAAUGAGGGAGAUGCAGCCAAAAUGGAAAGCAAGACAAUGACCCCUAAAAGAGACUGCAAAGUCCAGUGCCUGCAGUUCUACUACUAUCACAGUGGCCAUGAGUCUGACCAGCUAAACAUCUGGAUCCGAGAAUAUCAGAAUGAAGCAGACAGCAGAGGAACUCUCAGACUUAUGGAUCAGAUCACAGAACCCCCUGGCAAUUACUGGAAGCUGCAUCAUGUGCCACUAAAUGCAAAUAAAACCUUCCAAGUUGUGUUUGAAGCCCGUAAAGGAGCUGGAAACUCCAGUGGAGGAUUUUCACUGGAUGAUAUCAAUAUUUCAGAGACUGAGUGUCCCCACACAUGGCAAAUAAGAGACUUUGAGAAGUCAUGGAUGAGGAGCUCCAGCCUGCAGGUGCAAUCAUCCAGCAAACACAGCCUCAGUCAAGUCAACAAAGAUGGAGAUGUGGCAACUGUGGCUCCAUUCAUCAUGCCAACAGGUCCCCAGAUUGCACAGCUAUCAGCCAAAAAAAAGUGUAGACAUUGUGUUAAGUUCAACCAAUGUUGCAAGGUGGUGCAGAUCAAAGUCCAGUUCGCAGCCUUCACCAGCAGUGCUCCACCCUUGCAACCUGUUGACUGGCCCACCAAGCCAUGGGAGCAUCUACAGAUGUACGUUUGUGGGGAGCUUGCCUCUAUUCCUCACCAUAAACGGUUCCUAGCUGUGGUGUAUGACAUCCACUCAAAGUGGCCCAAGGUUGUGCCUAUGGGCUCAGUUACAGCCUCCACAUUGGUUGAUUUCCUGGAGCAGCUCUUUUCCCGAUGGGGAAUCCUGCGAGCCAUUACCACAGACAAUGGGCUGCAGUUCGUUUCCAAUGAGUUUUCAUCAUAA